UUGAAUUAUUCGCCAAAAGCAACUUUUGUGUAAGAAAUGGGUCGAGAGUGAACUUGAUGCACUCGAGUACGAUAAAUUACUCGAGCUCUUUGUACUAGAGGAAGUUAAGAAAAGUAUGCCUGUAAAAGUUCGCUCUCACAUUGACGAACGUGGUCUGCGCACAUUAGCCGAGGUCGGCAAAGCCGCCGAUCAUUUCGCUCUCACUAAUCCCAACUACUCUUGCAGAUCUAAUGAGCCUUCAUUCCAGUCUAUCCAGCAUAAUGGUAAGAGGAUGGAGUAUAGUUCCAGGAGGACUGGACUGCCAGAUACCCACAGGACUGUUCAUACAAAGUCAGAAACAGGUGGUGAUGAGAGUAAGAAGGUUGCUUCUCGCGGAUUUCUUAGUGUCGAUGAGUCGUGUAAGUCGUCUUCCCCAGUCACUAUUCUACGGGACUCGGCUGCAGAUAUAUCAUUGGUACUCAAGGAGAUGGUUCCUAACCCUGACUGCUAUACUGGAGAGAUGAUUAUUAUUAAUGGACUGGUAGGGUCCAAGAGUAUACCCAUAUGUAAAGUCUACCUUGAAUCUAAAUUGAUAACUGGGUACGUAAAUUUAGGUGUUGUUGAUAAUAUACCAAGUGAUGGCAUUUCGCUCCUUAUGGGCAAUGAUCUAGUUGGUGAUAAGGUAUGGCCUUGCCCUGUAGUUUCACCUUGCCCGACAGAGGAGAACAACACCGUAGAUUUAGAGAGGGAGUAUCCCGAUCUCUUUCCUGCAUGUGCUGUCACCCGCAGUGCAAGUCGUAGGUCCUCCUCCCUACCAAGGCGCUUACCGCCGGUACUGCAUUACCCAAAGAGAGCCUUAAUGAUAUAUUCACCGAGGAUUUCACCUUGGCAGAUUUCUUUAAAUCAUCUGACAAAGAUUCAAACAUUUCUGCUUCUGAUAAUUCUAAUAUAG